AUGCGUUUGGACAGGUGGUUUCUGGCUUAUGCGCUAACAUCACUCUCCUUUUCCGUACCUACACAUAGCUACAUACAUAGCAAUUCACCACUCUCUGUCCUGCCUGCCCCUGCGCGCUGCAAGACUUGGGCCUGUCAGACUGCAACUCGGCUACCGGUAUUAAUCUCUGGGUUUGCCCGAAUACUACAUGUUGCAGUAGCGCUCCACCAUUGCACUGCAUCUAACCACUACUCUAAAACCAUCGUCGUGGGCCCAGCCUAUCUACCCCUGGUCCCAGCCCUGGAUUCAUCUGCAUGCGACACAGCUUCCUUUAGCAUGCCACCGCCGCCCACCUGCUGA